UUAAACUAAAAAUCUUGUGAAAAAUAUCAAACGCUACAUAUUUUUAAUAAAUUUAAUUUCAAUUUAUUUUAAUUAAUUGCAAAAUCACAUUAGAAAUCUCCCCUUAAUAUUGUUGUUUGUUAAUAAAGUGAAUUAAAGAGUGUGUGUAUAAAUAAAAAGUAAAAAUGGCUUUGUCUACCACUGUGCCCUGUUACACCAUUAUCAAUUCUCCGGACUUGGAGGUGCCCAAUGAAAUGCAAUUGAAACAAGAUUUGGAAAAGGGCGACACCAAUGUUAAAAUUGAUACUUUGAAAAAGGUUAUUCAGCUGUUGUUGAAUGGUGAACGCUUGUCGGGCUUAAUAAUGACCAUUAUUCGUUUUGUGUUGCCCGUACAAAAUCACACCAUUAAGAAGCUGCUGCUUAUCUUUUGGGAAAUUGUACCCAAGACUUCGGCGGAUGGUAAAUUGUUGCAGGAAAUGAUUUUAGUGUGUGAUGCCUAUAGAAAGGAUCUACAACAUCCCAAUGAAUUUCUACGUGGCUCCACCCUACGUUUCUUGUGCAAACUCAAAGAACCCGAGCUUUUGGAACCUUUAAUGCCUUCCAUACGUGCUUGUUUGGAACAUCGUCACUCGUAUGUGCGACGUAAUGCCGUCCUUGCCAUAUUUACCAUUUACAAAAACUUUGACUGGCUGGUACCCGAUGGUCCUGAAUUGAUAGCCAAUUUCUUGGAUACCCAACAAGAUAUGUCAUGUAAACGUAAUGCUUUCCUUAUGUUAUUGCAUGCUGAUCAAGAGAGAGCCCUUAAUUAUUUGGCUUCCUGCAUUGAUCAGGUGAAUAAUUUUGGCGAUAUCCUACAAUUGGUCAUUGUUGAGUUGAUCUAUAAGGUGUGUCAUGCUAAUCCCGCUGAACGUUCUCGCUUCAUACGUUGCAUUUACAAUCUGUUGAAUUCAUCUUCGAAUGCGGUGCGUUAUGAGGCAGCUGGUACUUUGAUUACGCUAUCAUCGGCGCCCACAGCUAUUAAGGCAGCUGCUGGUUGUUAUAUUGAAUUGAUUGUCAAGGAGAGUGAUAACAAUGUUAAAUUGAUUGUCUUGGAUCGUUUGAUUGCCAUGAAGGAGAACGAGAAUAUGGAGAAAGUUAUGCAAGAUUUAGUAAUGGAUAUUUUACGUGUCUUGGCAGCCCCUGAUAUUGAGGUGAGACGCAAAACAUUGGCUUUGGCCAUGGAUUUGGUGUCCUCUAGAAACAUUAACGAAAUGGUGUUGGUGUUGAAGAAAGAGGUGUCGAAGACCCACAAUGUGGAACAUGAAGAUACUGGCAAAUAUCGUCAACUCUUAGUGCGCACAUUACAUUCAUGCUCUAUUAAAUUCCCCGAUGUGGCAGCUAGUGUUAUACCAGUAUUAGUUGAGUUCCUUUCGGAUACAAAUGAAUUGGCUGCUGCUGAUGUUUUGAUUUUCAUCAGAGAAGCUAUACAAAAAUUCCCCUCUUUGAGAGGUUUAAUAAUUGGCCAUUUGAUAGAGGCUUUCUCUCAAAUCAAGUCCUCCAAAAUUCAUCGUGCUGCUGUUUGGAUUUUGGGUGAAUAUGUCGAUGACAAGAAUCAAAUUUUAGAAGUUAUUGAUGUUAUCUGUCAGACUUUGGGUGAAAUACCCAUGGUUGAGGCUGAACAAAAACGUUUGUCUGGAGAUCAAACCGAAGAAGAAGCAAAUGCUGCAAAUAAUCCACCACCUGUGGCUCAGAUUUCCAAUAACAAAGUUACUUCAGAUGGUACUUAUGCCACUCAGAGUGCUUUCAGUUUGGCACCAGUUGCUAAGAAGGAGAAACGCCCACCAUUGCGUCAAUAUCUUAUGGAUGGUGAUUUCUUUAUUGGAGCCGCUUUAUCGGCCACUUUGACCAAGUUGGUUUUGCGUUAUGCUGAUUUGGAACAAGAAGUUCAAGCUCAAAACCGUUUGACAACUCGUGUUAUGCUUAUCAUGAGCUCUAUUCUACAUUUGGGUAAAUCUGGUUUCCCCACCAAACCCAUUACCAACGACGAUACCGAUCGUAUUUUCAUUUGCUUGCGCACUUUAAGCGAACGCACAGAAGAAGCCGUUGAAGUCUUCAAACGUUAUUGUCGUGAAGCUUUGGGCAAAAUGUUGGAUGCCCAACACGAAGAAGAUCAACGUGUGCUCAAAGAGAAACAAAGAGCCGCUGCUAAAGUACAACCCGAUGAUCCUGUUCUCUUCUCACAACUCUCGAAUGGACGUGAAAAUCAAUUGGGUGAAAAUGUGUUUGAAUCUAGUUUGAAUCAAGCUUUGGCUGGCACCAAGUCAACCAAUUUGAGUGACAUCACCUCGCCCAACAAUAAGUUGAAUAAGGUAACACAAUUGACUGGUUUCUCCGAUCCCGUUUAUGCUGAGGCUUAUGUCAAUGUUAAUCAGUAUGAUAUUGUCUUGGAUGUAUUGAUUGUAAAUCAAACAAAUGAUACUUUGCAAAAUUGCACUUUGGAGUUGGCUACAUUGGGUGAUUUGAAAUUGGUAGAACGUCCUCAUCCUGUGGUUUUGGCUCCCCAUGAUUUCUGCAACAUCAAAGCCAAUGUCAAGGUUUCCUCCACAGAAAAUGGCAUCAUAUUUGGAAAUAUUGUUUACGACACUUCGAUUAACACCAAUGUUGUGGUAUUAAAUACCAUCCACAUUGACAUUAUGGACUAUAUUAUACCAGCCAGUUGCACUGAUACUGAAUUCAGACAAAUGUGGCAAGAUUUCGAAUGGGAAAAUAAGGUCACAGUCAAUACAACUUUCACCGAUUUGCAUGAAUAUCUCAAACAUUUGCUCAAGAGCACAAAUAUGAAGUGUUUAACACCCGAAAAAGCCUUGUCGGGCCAAUGUGGUUUUAUGGCUGCCAAUAUGUAUGCAAAGUCCAUUUUCGGUGAAAAUGCUUUGGCCAAUUUAAGUAUUGAAAAACCUGUUGAUGAUCCAGAUUCUAAAGUAACCGGUCACAUUAGAAUACGUGCCAAGAGUCAGGGUAUGGCUCUCAGUUUGGGCGACAAAAUCAGUUCAUCUCAAAAACUUUGUGUACAAGCUUCGUAAAAAUGUUUUCAUUCCAAAAUUUUCCAAAAAAAAAAAAAACAAACAGAUUCAAUAAUUACUCUGAGUUUAUUUUCUCUUUUAUUAUUAUUAAUAUAAACAUUUUUUUCUUUAUUCUGUGCGCUUAAUUUUAAGUAUUUUUACUAUUUCAAGAAUUAUAUGUUAUAACAAUUAUGUAUGUAAACAUACUACGUAUAAUACAAUUAUAAUAAAACAAUAUAUACAAAACGUAAUUAUAUUACAACAAACGAUUAAAGCAAAAAAAAAUGUAUGUAAUGUAGGGAAUUAUUUGAAAAUGUUAUGUAUAUUUAUUUCAUAUAGACAGAAAAUUAAAUUAUAAAAUGUUUGUUUGUGAAGAGGAGGAGGGGCUUAACAAAAUGUUAAAUACAAUAAACAUUAUAUGAUUCUUAA